GAGCGAAUAUUAAACAUCAUUAUUUGGUAAAGCCCCUCCAAUCAUAACAUUAAUUUUAAAGCAUUUCAAAAAUUCAAAACUUAUGUAGUCUAGACUAGAGGUAUAUAGUUAUCGGUUAGAAAGCAAAGGACUUAUAUUUUUGUUAUCCUGUGGUUCAACGAUUGCAAAUUAUCAGUUCUGUAAAAACAUAUUUUGCUCUUACUUCUUUGGGUUUUAAAAAUAUUUAAAUGGCUAAAGUGGCUACUAUGAUGCGGUAUACUGUGUUUUUUAUUGCUUUCGGAUUGCUUAUAGAAAUUAAGGCUUUAGAGCUCAAGAAGAAUAAAAAUUGUAAGGAUAGAUUACAUGAAUAUUCAAAUUCCUUGCAUCAAUUUUUGGAUUGUUCCAUUAGAAAUGCCGUGCCAGUGCACUUAUGUUUUAAUUGCACGAAUCUGUAUCAAGAGUGGACGGUAGCUUUUGAUAUUUUUAUGAAUGCGGUCGAAAACAUUACUGGUGUAAAAUGCAGCGAGGAAUAUAUAGACCAAAAUCAGUUAAAUAUUGUUUUGAAAAAUCAUGAGUAUUUUUCGAAUUUAUGGAUAGAAGCUGGCUGUUUUGAUUGUUUUAGUAACGGUUACCAAAACAUAUCAGAAGAAACUAUCAAUAUAAUAAAACAAAUAGAUGACUUUCAACAUUGUGUGGUUAAAAAUAAAUCUGAACCAUGCAAAAAUUGUCAAACUUAUUAUGGAAAAUUGAAUUUUUAUUAUAAUAAGGUUUUUAUACAAAACAAUAAAAAUAUUUGUUAUGAUGUUCUUGAUACACUGAAUCGUACACGUUUGUUAUGGGCGAAAACUUUAAAAUGUGGUGUUAAUCUAAAAGAUGCAGAUUUUGGAUCUUUUGCUGCUGCGGUUACCUUUACAGGUUUUUUUCCGGCAGUAUUAUUUUACUUUCUGUCGUAUUAUUUCACGAAACGUAAUCAAAUUCAAACAACAGAAGAUAAUCAAACCAUUAUAGAUCGAGGGAUCGAAGAAAAUGAACAAGAUUCCCUAAGAAGUGAAGAAUCAUCGCAAGAGGAAGAAGGAGCAGUUGGAACUGCAAUGGUAACAACCAGAGAAGCUCCCGAUGGAUUUGAUGACAUAGAAUAUGUCAAAAGCAAGGCUACAAAAAAAGAUGAAACUUACCUAGAGUCUGUGGAUUUGUUACUUAACAACUAAUAAAUAAGACAUGGUGGAACGGAUUCUUCCCUUUCAAAACUUUUGUUUUUAUGACAAAAACUUUCAAAGAUUAAUUUAAUACUAAAUUAAGACUAAAUAAAAAUUACUUUAUAAUACAA